GCCAGCAACUCCAGAUGGGCGUCCCAUCAAAAAGGAUCGCUGUGUUUCUUUGCUUGAUCAUCCUUCAUCAGGACUUGGUCAUCGCCAGAUCACAUUAUGAUCUUGAGCUCAUCACUUCUCCACGUCUAACGACUCCAGUAGAAACAGCUGACGACUAUCUAUUGUCCAACCAAACAAUGACAUCGAAUGAGCUCACUCUUUCAUCGUCAAGGGCCUUGGGGAGAGAGAAACGUUUGUUUGGUUUGGUACUGUUUAUCGUCAGCAUUGUUGUCACCGCUGUUGCAACUACAAUAGAGACAAUCUAUGACAUCCAUGGAUGCUGUGGUCUUGGUUUUGAUUACCUUUGCAGUUUUGAAGCCAAUUUCAAAAGAAAACAAUGUGAAAUCAAAGACAGAGCAGAAAAAGUGGACAAAAGGCUUCAGGAAGCUGUAAAGAAAAAGGAUAAAUUGGAAUGUCUGUCCAAAGUUGUGGAAGGGUUUUGGACGGAAAUCUCUCGUCUGGUCAACUUGCAACAAGAAUUUAUAGAGUUAAUUGCUCCUGGUUUGAAAGACAGUUUAAUGAGAAAACAAAACAAAAUACAAAUUGUUAUUCGAGAUGCCAAACGUGACCUAACUGAAGACGAUUUGAGGGAUUUUGAACAUGAAUUACAACAGGGAGAGCUUGCAUUAAAACUCUCUAUUGGAUGGUCAAGCGCUGCUCUGCCUGGAUUCGCAUUGUUAGGACGAACAACUUGGAAAGCAUUCAAAUUUAACCAGCUUUAUCAGACUCUGAAAUCAACCCAACUCGAAACAUUACUCAAAGCAUCACCUAGAGGAAAAGAAUUAGUUGGCUUUACUCGUACCUCUGCUAAAGGAUUUAUCAAAGGCAUUGCCAAGACUCGAUUUGCAGCUAAAACAACAACGCUGACCAAAGGAAUGAAGAUCGUUAAAUAUGGUGGCUGGGUUAUGUCACUAUUCAGCAUCGCAAUGGACAUUUUUAGCACAGUCUGUAUUUUGAUGGGCUGUGACAACAAGGUGGAUGAAGCGAAGAAGGCCAUGGCAACACUACAAGAACCUGAAAAAAAUGUCACUGCGAUGGAGACAAAGAUUAAAGAAUAUGAAGAUGCUAUUAAGACAGAGAUGGAAGAUAAAAUCGUAGCAGAGUUAAGAAAAGCGGACCUUCACAACGCCCUUGAACAGGUGAAAUUAACCAUUAAGAACCUACCCACAGGACAGCGAACAUGGUUAACAGAAGAUUGUGUAGAUUCAAUCAUUCCAAACGCACUCAAAACCUUCAGUACUUCCAAUAACUACGUUGUUCUCAAGGACGACCUCAAAUACGUGAUCGAAAACUGUGUUUCGCCGUUAAAGUAUGCUUACGAAUGUCUAAUAAGCCGAACGAAAGUCAGGAACAGUGUCUUGGAAAGUUGCCUCAUUGGUGCUGGUGAAUUUGACGAAAUUUAUGGAAGCGCAUUACAAAAAGAAGGCACGAAAAAAGAGCAAUGUAUAAAAGACGGCGAGCCUUACACCCCAGAGAAUGACUAUCUAAAAAGUCUCGAGGAAUUCAGUCGAAGAGAUGGUUUUUCAAUUCCUUGUAGACUGAACAGCGAGCCUUUCAAGGAUGACGUCUGCGAUAAAAAAAGGAGAGGUAAAUCGCCCAAAGAAAUAGCUAAAAGUGUUAAUAUGAAUGUAACUGAUGUACAGAAGGUGUUAGAAAAGUGCAAACUGGGAGAGGAUUACUUUAGCGCAGUACAAAUCUCCCGCGUUUGCACGAUGAAGUCAUUUUGUGAUGAUCUUGAGAUUAUUGCAGAAGAUUUCGAAGAUGAGUUUAGAAAGUCAAUCUCAAUCGAGAAAAUCAAAACUAUGCCAUGUCCUGAUGAGAAAAAAAAUGAUGACUGUCCUAUACUUUACGACUGAGCGAGUACACGAUGCUACAAUAUAACUUAAAUGAGUUAAUUUAACAUGUUAAAAUCGGGUAUGAGUUAUUUUCACCUCUUUUUAAAGUGUAAUGAUAAAAAGUAAAAACUGAAUGUAAGAAU